AUGAACUCUACAGCACCCUCGGAUAUGUCAGGGAUGGACGUCCUGGCGAUGAAUAUCUCAAACCCAGGUUCUCAUAUGAAUGCGUCUCACCACGCACACCCCUAUGCAUCCUCGAUCGCUUCCUCCGCCUCUUCCUCUUCCUCCUCCGUCUUCUCGCUCGAUUGCGUCUCGAGUUCGAUUUCCUCGACCUCGACCAACCCGGUUGACGUGAUUUGGGAGAAUGAAGGACAGGGAAGAAUGCCCGGGCCUCGGGCUCUGCCCAAGGCUGCUCCUAAGGCGGAUGGUGUAGUGCCACCUGAGCUGCGCACGCAUCCUCGGCGCACUAACACUUAUGCUUCUAGCGCCCCAAGCGGGCGUCCUCCGCCCUGUCUGCUUCGGCAGUCGGAACGGAAGGUCAACUUCGUCGAUAACCUCGUCGACACUGCAUCACAGAUCGUUGAGACCAUUUGGCCUCUCUCGGCCGCGGCAUCCCGCAGUGAUGCCGCAACCGGAUCGAAAGGGGUUCUUCCCCUCCGGACUUUCAUCCAGGAAACACUCCGCCGGUCGCGUACCAGCUACAGCACCUUGCAGGUGGCCUUGUAUUAUUUGAUUAAAAUCAAGCCCCACGUUCCGACACAGGAUUUCACAAAGGAGCAGUCUCGGGAUCAGUCGCUCCUGCGGGCGAUGCAGUGUGGGCGUCGGAUGUUCCUGGCCGCACUGAUCCUCGCAUCAAAGUACCUGCAGGACCGGAAUUAUUCCGCUCGCGCUUGGAGCAAGAUCUCCGGCCUGAACACCCUUGAGAUCAACCAGAAUGAACUCAUGUUCCUGAAAGCGGUUGGAUGGCGCUUGCACAUUGACGAAGCCACUUUCCAACGCUGGACCGAUCUGGUCCUGAAGCUGACCCCUGGUGCCGGAGGACCGGCAGCCGAAGGUCAGUGCUGGCAGACUGUGCUUCCUAGACUCACUCCUGAACUGGACCUGGUAGAGUCGGAGCCUCGCACCCCAGUCUCGGCCAUGGGUGGAAUGGACCUUGGACUGUCAGAGUCCCCAUCCCCCCGGAGUAUGUCGAGCAACGAGUCGAUCCGCUCGCGGGAACAACCCUCGAGCGCCCGAGGCCUCCCCCGGCCUCUGGACCCGACUCCGCGCAUGGACUUCUCCAACCUGGCUAUGCCUGGUAUGCCGCGCCCGACGAUGCUUCCCACCCCUCAGAUGACCCCUCAGUCCCAGAUGGCGUCUACUCCUGCCGCGAGUAUGGCUGCCUACACCCGCCGCCCCUCCAUCUGCACGGCUAUGUCCCAGGCGCAGAAUGCCGGCAUGGCGCGAUCGACUCUCGAUCAGCGCCCGCCCAUGUCAUUCUGCCCCCGGACUCAGUCGUUCGAUGGGUACCCGGCGGCGGUCCGUCGCUCAUCUUUGGCUCGGUCGACCUCCUCUGCGUCGUCGCCCGACUCGAUGGUGUCGGAUGUGUCUACCUUGUCGUCCCGCUCCUCGCGGUCGUCUUCGGUCUCAUCCAAUGCCUCGGGAAGCUGUGGCCCCGCGCCUGCUCGCUUGGCUGUCAAGGCCACCCUGCGAUGCACCAGCAACUCCCUCAAGGAGUCCCGUAAGACUCUGGCCAUCGCCUCGCCCAUCGACGAGAGCUCCCUGGUCGGUGUCUACAGUUCUCCUGAGUACCCUAGUUCUAUGACCUCUUCCGUCCCAGACCUUUCCAACUUUACCUUGGAUUCCAGCCUGAGCGAAGCCGCCCAGAGUCUCUGUGAGCUUUCCGGCGCGACCCCAGAGCGGCGCCAGUGCCGCAAACGUGGCCGCACCGGAUCCGAUGAUCUCCUGCUCCAGGACCACGUCCGCCAGUUGAUCAACCUCGGAGCCCCCGGAGACUCGGUGCUUCCCGACGGCCACUUCCCGCACUCGUUCAUGACUCACACGAAUCCCCUUGCGCCCGCACGGACCGGCCCCGUCUCCGGACCAGCCGGUAUGAAACGUGCCUGCUGCGGCAGUGAAGCCCGCAAGGUGGCGCUCAAUCCAGGUCUCCGUGUUGCGGAGUACCUGAAUUGA